UGUAAAGUGAAAUGAGAGACACCUGUGUCUCCUCUCCUCGCUUUAAUUUUACUCGCUUUAAAUUCACAAACAAUAAGGGACAGUGAACAGUGAAUCCCUUAAAUAAAUACUCGAGUUCAGUAAAGAUGUCAUAUGAGUUCACUGGGUGGUUUGUUGUUUUUUGUGUCGUCGUCGUUACCCCCCUCCGGUAGAAGAAGACACACAUAACUUAAAGGAUCGUGAUAAUGGGAGGAGUAAACAGGCAAGCCUGAAAAACACGUUUCACCAGGAUAAACCUCCUCCUCCCUCCUCCUUCUGUUCUCCAAAGCUGAAGAACAUUUUAUACUUUGUUGUUAUUCGAGAGGUGAGUCAGAGGAGGAUGGAUGCUGCCGGGAGAGACGCGCCAGUGAGUCCGCAGGAGAGGAGCAGCCACACGGCGUUCAUAGACAACAACACCCUGUAUGUGUGGGGAGGUUAUCGGGUAGUUGAUGGCGCAGAUGUCAUGUUGCCCAGUGAUGAGAUAUGGCUCUGUGAUUUGAACAGUGGGAUGUGGGAGCGGAGGGAGAUCGCAGGCAGUGACGUCCCCCGAGACUUGUCAGGCUUCUGUGGCGCUCAUGUCAACAGCACGCUCUACAUUUUUGCAGGUUGUGACACCGUUGGAUACACCAACGACAUGUUCAGUGUCGUUCUCACCGAGCCGCAUUACUCAUGGAACAAAGUGACUGACGCCAAGGGAGAGACGCCAUCGCCCCGAAACAAACACUCCUGCUGGGUACACAGAGACAGAUUAAUUUACUUUGGCGGAUAUGGCUGUAAAACCAUAGGGCAAGUGCGGAACACAUCUUCGUCUAGCUUCGUCAUGGAUGAGAUGUCCUUGACAACAAUCGGCGACACAAUGUUCAGGUUUUGGGGCUGGAACAAUGAAGUGAAUGUUUUUGAUACACGCACUGCAACAUGGACUGUGCCUGAGACUCAGGGAUCGGCUCCUACUCCCAGAGAUUGCCAUUCCACCGCCCUUCUGGGGAACAAGGGUUACGUUUCAGGUGGUGCGGAGACGCCAGAGAUGGACAUGUUCUGCUUGGACUUAGAAAGCUGGACUUGGACUAAAUUUGACAUCCCCCUGUCCUGUUCACCCAUGGGGCGCUCCAUGCACGCCAUGGCGGCCAUAUCCGAUCAUGCAGUCCUUGUAUACGGAGGUCUCGGCACAGACGGAAACACACUCAAUGACGCUUGGCUGUUUAACACGCUCAAAAGAGAGUGGACCAACAUGAACCAUGCACACGAGGGCAAGCCCAGAGUUUGCCACACAGCGAAUCUCGGAAAUGACGGCGACGUCGUCGUGUUCGGUGGAAGCAGUAACCUUUGUAUUGUCGCAGACACGAUGGUGGUUCUCAGAGCGCCAUCACAACAUCACUGCAGCAACAUGAUCGUCUUUCAGAUGCAGCCAUACUCCCUCUCCAGAUUGUGUGAAGACUUUGUUGGGAAAAACCCACAGCUGUUUGUGAGGCAACUUAACUGGCUGCCACCAAAACUGAAGACCAAAGUGGACAAGAGAGUGGCAUUUUUCUCCAGCUUGACACCCUGUCUUACAGAUUAAUAACUGUUUUUACAAAGCUACUCAGUUUUUUUGUCAAUAAUGAUUUAUGUACUGUAUUUAAAAAAAACA